AUGCCUUGUAGGAAGCCCUUUUCAGGAUGUCCUUUUUUGCUGGUUCGAGCCUUGCUGUGUCCAUUCGGUCUUCUUUUUUUGCUUCUCGUUUUUGCUCACGGCACCUCUCACUGUGCCCAGAAGCAGCACCGAUCCCGCCGGCAAGAAGAUGGAUAUGCGCGAACUACAGUGCAAUGUAGCCAGCAGCCAUCGCUGGAACUACAGUUGUAUCCUUUGUGCUUUCUUGCUGGUGGCAUGCCUUGUAGUGUGGCAUUGCAGCAUAUUGAAUGGGGAUUGUGGGCUGACAACUUCCUGCGAUUCGAAAUUCCAAGAAAUCAACGUAUGCCACCUGGUGUGGACAGAGCCCAAGGUUGCACCAGCAGCAGAACAUCAAGCCCACUAUGCAGAUUGUACCAACGCAAUUGUGUGCAAAUCAAACAGUAUGGGUCAUCUAAAUCAGGGGGCAUAGGCUGCGCGGCUGGUUGUGAAGAUGUCAAGAGUCUUCGUGUUUACUUUGCUGCCUACGCGUCCCGCCAUGCUCGCGCACACACAACGCUCACGACUCUCACUGGAUUUCUACCAACAAGGCACUUACCUAUAUCAAAAAACUUGGGCUACAUAAUGGCUCUAAUUAUUCUGUCUUUCGCCCUCUUAAAGGGUGUGGGAAUAGCCCACUCGGAAAGAACACAGGCUGACUUCCUACCACAGGCCGAAAGUUCGAACUACCGCCCAGUCGAAACCUCAAUCCGGACGGACCACCACCAGGACUACUAA